AUGCCAACUUCGAUGCCACAUGAUAUUAAAGGCUCUUGCCUAGAUGUCCAAAUUAAUCUACUCAGCUCAGCAACCGCACCUAACAAUUCAAGUAUUCCAUCUGCCAGCAAUGAUGUUAUUUACAGCGAAAGCCAUGCCAGCACUCAACAAGGAAUAACUUAUUGGCCACCUUCGCAUCUUAAUUGUGAUGGAAAUGUAGAUUUUUCUACUACAUCUGUUGUUGUUGCUGCCCCUUGUGAAAUUGGGAAUUCAUCUGAAGUCUCCUUGGUUUCGUGUACACUUGAGACGGCUGUUGCAACUAAAAUGGUGGAUUGGAAGGAAAGUGCCGUUGUGGUUACUUCUACUGUGUUAAACGCUACAGACACACGAACUAGUGGCUUUCAAACGGGGGAUAGCAGUAGCUGUAGUCGAGAUAAAGGCAGUAGCAUCAGAGCCACGACAGAGCCAUCGCUAAAUGAAGAGGCCAUUUAUUUAGCCCAUGGUUCUUGUUUAGCAGCUACUUCCAACGCCAUUUCUGCAGCUUCUAAUCCACUUGAGGUUCACAGCCUUAGGCCUUCCCCACAAAAGCUUGAAAGUGAUGCCGAACAUAAUCGAAAUGAGGGCUUUUUUGUAUCAAAGAGUAAGGAGAGCAGAGUAGAAACUGAAGAAGAAGAGAUGUGUCUUGAUUUUGCUGAUGAUGCUGAGAUGGGCUGUGCCGGAGAUCGUGGUCGCAGCGCAGAUUCAUUGUCAACUGGAGCUGCUAGUGCUAUUACAUCGCUCGACGAGGCUGCAGAAUGUGAAUGCAAGGUGAGAUUUUUUCAUCGUUUGUAUACUUUGCUACACUUGCCAGCCUCUUGUCGUUUCAGCACAUGUCUAUAUACAGGGUAA